UCAGGGCGGUCUCGGGCGCGGUUUGGCACCGGUCCUUGGGUUUCUGCGUCGCGGCGCGUCGCGGCGUCGAAGUCGUCCCGUUCCGCGGACGCGAUUAGAAUCGCGGAAUCGCCGGUAGUCGCGGCCCGAUCGCCGAGGGGAGCUCACCUCUCCUUAACCGUGGGUUUAAAAGUCGCCGAUAACGCAGUACGGUAUUUGCAGUCGGGCCAUGCGCCUGCCGUGGUCGCACCUCCCGGUGGCGUUUGCGGUUUUCCAUUCACAGACCUAGAGAAUCGUCGAGGAAACGCGAAGGAAUUGAAAGAAGCAAUAAAAAAGGAAAAAAAAGAAGGAGGAGGGGAUAAACCUUAUCGGUGCGCUUUCGAGGGCGUUAAAACUAAGAUUUAGCGCUACCUCGUGGAAUUUAACUGGGGAGGUGGGUGGGAAGAAAUAGGGAAUAAUUAUCAAAUCGAGAGAGAAGUUGAAGAUCACUAUUUGGGGUCUUCGUCGAGGUCCACGUGGAGCCCAGGGAGACCACGUGGGUCGGCCUUGCCCUUGGAGCGGGUGGGUGGGAGUGGGUGGUGACCGCCUGGAGGAGGUUUAAUCUCUUGGAUUUUUUGGAGACGGUUAGAGAUUUGGUUUGGAGGAAGGGGGAGAAUAAGGAUUGAUAAUCUGGGGGAAGGGUGUAAAGAUUUGAUAACGAUUGCUGGGCCACCGGAAGGGAGAGCGAGAGCUGCCACGUGGUCUCGAGUGGACGCCGAGCGUCGUUGGGUUCGUCGGCCGGAGACGGCGGCGGGGUUUAAAAAAAGGCCAGGAGGAGAGGAAAAGGCGCGAAAUCCCGAGGAUACGGCGCCUAACGGAUCGUAUAACGCCGUGGCACUAUUUCUACGUCUGACGGAACGAGGAACCCGGAGCGACCAGCGAUGGAACGGCCUCUAGAGCAUAAAUAGCGCCAGGCCAGGCGUCGUCGCUCGAGCAGCGACGAGCCAAAGAGAAGUGCGUCGGCUUUGGCUGGUAACGCCGCGUUGUUGGCUCCUCGGACUAGCAAUGCCGUUCAGCGAUCCCUUUGUUUACGGAACUACCCCGGAAAGGUAGCUAAACCCGAGUCAGCGACGAUAACCACGACCGAUAACGGCAGCAGUCUCUUCGGGAUCCAGCGAUACCUCUGGCGGUUCUACUUUAGUGCGGCAACGACACAUCGUUACUGAAUUCAGCAACGCCGUUAAGCGAUCCUUUUGUUUUCGGAACCGCCCAACGAGACCAUCUGCGACUCUGCUCAGCAAUGACAACGUUGUUACGAUUACUCAUUUAGCAACGGCGGUACUUCGUUACUCUGGGAUUCAGCGACGUCGUUUAACGGCGUUUACUGGAUAUCAGAUACCUUCUACGGCUCGAGUUCGGAGGAUCUACAAGUCAGUUGUUUGAGAGGAUCAAUGUAUUCAGCAAUUAGGAGUUCUCGUUAACGCGGAAUCGAUCGUUGGUGCGGUUCAGGAACGGUGUUCAUCCGUAUUCCACGUUAACGGCCCCGUUGGGGAAGCAUUGCGCAUUCGUGGUAUCGGGGGAGGGUGAUUUAGUGAUUUCGUUGGGCAACCAGUUUCCUGGAUUAACGACGCCGUUUAGCAACGAGGUCCCCUCGUUAAACGGCGCCGUUCGGGGCAGUGAUUCCUGGCUUAACGGCGGCGUUUCGGAGUUUUGCGGGGGUCGGGGAGUGCUGUUUAAUGACGCUGACGCGACGCAGGCGGUCCUCGUGAAUCAAACGAAUGCAGGGCGGGCAGGCAACGACGUUAUCAACCGCGCGCGAUAACCCACGCACGGAAAACUCGAGUUCAAGGACGAGGCGGAGGGAGCAAGAUGGACGGCACGGAUAGCGACUUCGACGUGGAAAUGGAGAUCCUUCCUCCGAUGCAUCCUGCCAACCUCCCGACGAUCGGGAAAACACCCAUGCGUCCAAUGAUAGCCGAAUACGACCCAAAGAAGCACGGGGUGAAAACAGAACUCUCUGACAUGGUUCUCGUCAAAUACAAGUGCGAGAAAAACGAGGUGCCCAUCACGGUGACCAACGGCUCGACCUUGCCCCUGGUCCAGCGACCGGUGGACGACGAGGAGGCGGCCUUGUACAACCCCUUCGAGCACCGGAAGUUGGGCCACCCCACGUCGGACCUCGACACCCUGAUCCACCUGCUGAAGGGAAGUCUGGGCACGGGGAUCCUCUCCAUGCCGCUGGCCUUCAAGAACGCCGGGCUCACCUUCGGCCUCUUCGCCACCUUCUUCAUCGGCGCUGUCUGCACCUACUGCGUGCACAUCCUGGUGAAAUGUGCCCACGUCCUCUGUCGGAGGACCCAGACUCCCAGUCUAGGGUUUGCCGAAGUCGCCGAGGCCGCCUUCCUGGUCGGGCCGGAACCCGUGCAGAAGUACUCGCGGCUUGCCAAGGCGACGAUCAACUCCUUCCUCGUGAUCGACCUGAUCGGGUGCUGCUGCGUCUACGUGGUAUUCGUCUCGACGAACGUGAAGGAGGUGGUGGACUACUAUGCCGCCACCGACUGGGACGUCCGGCAGUACAUGGCGAUGCUGCUGCCAUUCCUGUUGAUCUUCUCCCUGGUCAGGAAUCUGAAGUAUCUGACGCCUUUCUCCAUGGUGGCCAACGUCCUCAUGGCGACCGGAAUGGGCAUAGCGUUUUUCUACAUCUUCAGCGACCUGCCGAGCGUCAGCGAGAGGCCCAACUUCUCUAGCUGGUCCCAACUGCCCCUCUUCUUCGGCACAGCGAUAUUCGCCCUGGAGGGCAUCGGCGUGGUGAUGCCCCUGGAGAACAACAUGAAGACCCCGACGCACUUCAUCGGGUGUCCCGGUGUCCUAAACAUCGGCAUGUUCUUCGUGGUGCUGCUCUACAGCACGGUGGGCUUCUUCGGGUACCUGAAGUACGGCGAUCAGACGGAGGCGACGAUCACGAUCAACCUGCCCCAGGACAUAGCCGCGCAGUCGGUCAAGGUGAUGAUCGCCGUGGCGAUCUUCCUUACGUACGGCCUGCAGUUCUACGUCCCUAUGGAGAUCAUCUGGAAGAACGUUAAGCACUGGUUCGGCGCCAGGAAGCUGAUGGCGGAGUACGGUCUUAGAGUUAUCCUGGUUACGUUCACGGUCGGCGUCGCGAUAGCCAUCCCGAAUCUGGGUCCCUUCAUCUCCUUGGUGGGCGCCGUCUGCCUGUCGACCCUGGGUCUGAUGUUCCCCUCGGUGAUCGAGCUGGUCACCUUCUGGGAGCAAGAGGACGGUCUGGGGCGCCUCAACUGGCGGCUCUGGAAGAACCUGGCUAUCAUUUGCUUCGGCAUCCUGGGCUUCCUCACGGGGACCUACGUCAGCAUCGAGGAGAUACUCGCGGCGAAGUGAGGCCCACUCGUCGAGCGUCCCGACGACGGGCCCCGUCGCCGGGUCGCCUAGAAGAUCGCCGGUAGACGAGGUGUAUUUCGCGCUUGUGCCGCUUGCUCGACGCGACCUGUCGUAGACGCGCGCCGGGGAGGGAGAGAGAUGUCCUCCUGGUGAGCUGGUAGCAAGGAUGCGUCUUCCGGGGACACGGAGGGUGGUCCCAGGGGCCCGAGCGUUCCUAGACAUCCCGAAGCAUCCCGAGACAUCCAGAGACGUUCCGAGGGGUUCUCCGACAUCUUGAGGAAUUCUUAAACACCCAGAGACGUUUCGAGGUCUUCUCAGGCAUCCCGAGGUAUCCUGAGAGAUUUGGAAACGGUUUUGGGGUGUCUUCCGACCCUGCGUUCUAAAAUAUCUGGAAACGUCUUGAGGGGUUUUUAGACAUCUUGUGGUAUCCUGGGGCAUUAAGGGAACGUCUCAGGGUGUUUAUAGACACCUUGAGAUAUCCCAAUACGUCGGAGACGUCGCCACGUGGUUUAGACAUCUUCAGGCAUUCUUAAAUGCCCCCGGGCGCUUAGACAUCUCAAGGUGUUCCUAAAUGUCCUGAGACGUCUUUAGGCAUCCUGUGAGACCCAGGCACCGCGUUAGGUUGCCUCGGUGCCGGCAGGUUCGGCAACCGGUCGCAUCUUUCGCGGCUCGAGGCUCGCGGGACGACGUCGUCGCUCUUCCGGGCCCGAUAGAGUAGAAUUGCUCGGGCCCAGAGAGGGUCCGGCAGGCCCAGAUUCGGCUGCACGACACCCGGACGCACCCGCCGGUGCGGUAGGAUUUUCAUUUCUUACUCCUUCUUCCUCUUUUUUUUUUCCCCUUACGUUUUCCCUUCUCGCUUUGUUUCCCCUCUCCUCCCAUUUUUGUACUGCGUUCGAUUGAAUCCUGACACUUGGUCCUGCACACGUGGCCUGGAACGAUAAUCACAGAGUAUUGACCACUUUGAUAUACGCACUUUUAUACCGAUGGAAUUGACGUAAACGCACCUGUCGCCUCCACUUCCGGGCCGCGCGUCAGCUGACGCCCUCGCGCGUUAAUUUCCGCACUUUCCUUCGUUCAUCGGCAUAACUAUUUAUAACCCCGACAUUGCGCACAACAUUUCUCAUUGAAACUCGUGGGAGGGACAUUUUUAAGGAACGACGUGGUUGAGAGAGACGGGACAUCGCAUUUGGCACCCUUGCACGGGUCUUGACAGCGGCUUCAAACCGUCCAUUGGUCGUGACAGGCUGGAUGUACGGUUUAUACAGUAGGUUGUAUACCUUGGUAGGACCCCUUUUUCUCUCACCCUCUCUCUCGCUGAAGAGUAUUUUACAGAGAAAGACGUAACCCUCUGUAGCGGAAUUUUUUUAUUCACCCGAGACAAAUCUGGUAUAACGUGAAAUUUGCAGAUAUUAGACUUCCGGUAUUAAGGGGAUGUCAAAGUGACAUCUGAGGGAUCAAUCUUUAUAAUACUUUUAUCCGAACUUAAUGCACCGAAUGGGAUCAAAAUUGACAAUGUGAAUGUGGAGGCUAUAAGGAAGGUCCUAAUACUCGUGGAAAUUUAAUUUUUUAUUUGUAUACGAAAAUAUAGAAAUGUUGGAGUGGAAAGUUUGAAGCGAUGCACCCAGUUCGGAGAUAAGUUUCGUAAAGGAGAUCUUUUCGACGCCACUUUCGCAUCGCCUUAACUGUUUCUUUGGAAAUUCACAAUUGAGGACUUUUAAAGAAAUUCCCUGGUUACGUAAGAGUGAUACAGUACAUAAAGUACAAGUCUCGCCGGGAAAAUUAAAUCAGGCUUGACAAUAUAUCGGUACACAGGUAUUCACUUAAAAGUCAUACGACGUUGUAGAGGGUUAAGAUUUCUCACGCGAUCAUGGCCUUGCCUUUCGAUGCUGAAGACCGCCAUUAAAAGAUGCAAUUGUAACGUAGCUGCAUAAAAACACCGAAAAAAGAAAAAUUAUAUUUUAGUCGAAAUUUCUUAGUUCGUCGGUGUCGUCGAGUUAAGUGUCCAUUAGACUUAGUGAUUACCCGUAAUGGUACACCUGGGAUCAUUACGCGCGCUUUUAACAGUGGCCUUCGGACAAUAACUCGGUAGAGAUAAGCAGCUGCGAAGACGAAAUAGUGAGAGGAAUAUUUUUAAACGCACUAUUACGAAAUUCCUAGACGACUAUGGCGCCGAAGAUCGCGUCGUUCUCUAUAUGCCAGGCAAUAAGAUAACGCAAUAAUACAGUUUUCUCAUGAAGUGUUCAAUGCGUGUACAUGAAUAUGUAUAUACGUCGGGUACAGAAGCAAUUUUUACUGCGGGUAAAAAAAAAAUACAGAGUUUAUCGCCGUGUAUAAUUAUUAUCGGGUUGUUACUCGAUCGUCUUCAGCUGUACAAAGUCGCUGUAAACGUUCCCUGUACAAAGUCAAUGUACAAUGUCGAUGUAGAGCGAAUCGUAGAUAAAGCGAGAGAGAAGAGUCAGAGGAAGGGACUCCGUAAAGAUGACGUUCGCAUAUGUACGUGACAGUUGGUCGGAUGACGGCUGAUCAAUGACAGCUCGUCGAGUGACAGUUGGUUGGGUAGCGGCUGAUCAAUGACAGCUCGUCGAGUGACAGCUGGUUUUAAUGACAGUUCGCCAGCCGACAGCUGAUUAAUGACAGCCGUCAGCUGACGUAUUAGUAGCAGCUCGUCGGAUGUCAGCUGAUCGAUGGCAGCUCCUCGAGUGACUGCCGGUUUUAAUGACAAUUGGCACGUCCAGCUGCUCGUUGACAGCGCUCAGGUUUCCUGAAACGUACAAAGUACAAUGCCGUGCCUGCGGAAUCAUCCGUUUGCGCUUCGCGAUGCGCCUUUGCGAUACAUCGAAUUAGAUGUCGCGACUCGAGAAGCGGUGUAUAUAUGUAUAAAUAUAUAACCAUUCAAAGGUAUAUAUCUAUACAUAUAUCAAUAAUACCGCGCGCCGUGGAUAUAGGAAAGCGCAAAAAAAAAAGAAAAGCGCCGCGAGCGAGAGGAGGGCUUUCCACAUUUACGGAUGUCGCCGCGUCCAGUUGGAUGACUUUUGUCACAUACGUUGUAUCUCUCUUUGUUGUCAUUCGUCAAUUCGGCACAUCUUCAUUAUCGAUUACCACUUCUUCGCCCGAUAACGAUGUAUGCCCUCUUAUUAUAUGCCUUCUCCCGCGGUGAGAUCCGUUGAACUCGUUAACCCGAAGAGGCUCUUGCGGCGCUCGGCUGAAAACAAUAUAAAGUACAAUAAUCACCCCUUGACAAUAACUUACAGUCAUUAAGUCAUUAAAAACGAGACAAUAAAUUAGGGCAUAUACUGUUUCCCACCGCCGAGGGUCGCUCUAGGCUCUUCCGAGCUCUUGAAUGUGGCAGCCCGAAGAGCGAACAAGAGAAGCCGAAGGCUCGUUACCUCGUAACAUGCUCGCGUUUAACGGCCGUAAUGUCAACGAUAACGAGAGAGAGUGAACAAUAAAUACUAUACGCGGGGCAGACUCUUUAACGAGUGGCGGGAAAAAAAAGAAAAUAAUUCCACUUCCUGGGAAUUCGCGGAGGGCUCUUUUUCUUAAAUUCCGGCCCGACCUCCGAGCCAAUAAAAGUGUCCUCAAGUACUCGUUAAUUGACGUAACAUUGCAAUGGGUUUUUACACGUCUUCUUGAAAAAGCCGUUCCGGCUUCUUGGCUGGCUUAAUAUCGUUGACAUUAAGACCUUUGCGGGAUGUAAAUGCGUUGCAUUAGGUACGCGUGGAGAGCAAGGCGCCGAUGAUGUUACGUCUUCGGGGGCUUCCUGGUGACGGAGUGUUGACGAAGAGCUCGACAUCAGGCGACACCGGACUGUCGGUGAGACCCAGGGAACGAUUGCCGUGAACCGGGACGCGAGAACCGUCGAUGUGUAGGUCCUCGUUAAGGGGAUAUCAAAGUGACGUCCGAGGGGUAGCUCUUUCACGGCACUUUUCUCCAAUCAAUUUGCACCUAAUCGUUUCAAAACAUUACAACCUGAACGUGUAGGCUACAAGGAAGGUCCCUACACCCAUGAAAUGUCUUAUAUACAAUUUUUAAAAUCAGUACAACCUUCACGCAAUUUACCCGGAGUAUCCACUUCACGUGGAUUCGUUUUACGGGAAUGAAUACCGCAUAAAGUCUGUCUGUCUAAAGUACGAAUGAGAAACAAUAUUGGAAAUAGAUACCGAGUAUACUGUGUUAUAAUUUACCCUGUAAAUUGAGGGAGGAGUGUAUGUAGAAAUUUGUAAAAAAAUUGAAACUUCACGGGUGUCGGCACUUUUCUGGUAGACUCCCGUAUUCAUGUUGGGUUUGAAUCCAUCUGGGGCAUUCAGUUCGGAGAUAUGUUUUGUAGACUGGACCUCUGAUGCCACUUUCGUAUCGCCUUAAGCGUGCGAGGGCCUGAUCUGCGAACAAAAAAGCUUUUACGUUAGUGCCUUGCAACGAAUCCUGGAGCAGGAUCUCACCGUAAAGUGCCCGGAAAGGACACCCUCGCGGUAUCGCUCGCGACUGGUUUUACAGUCCUCUUUUCGACGUUGUAGAUAUACACACUUGUUUUGAUGCCAUGCUGAUGUCGUCAUCGAGUAAACGAAUAUUCUGUUUGAA